AUGAGGUUCCUCUACCUUGUCUUCGCUGUCUUCCUGCUGGUCUCCUUGGCUGUCCCAGGCUACGGGCAGAUAAGGAAGCACUGCCCCAAGGUGGGGUACUGCUCCAGCAAGUGCACCAAGGCGGACGUGUGGUCCUUCUCCUCCGACUGCAAGUACUACUGCUGCAUCCCACCCGGCUGGAAGGGGAAAUAGGAGCCGAAGCACCUGGGGAAGAGGAGGCACCGUGGUGGCUUUGGGAGCAGCUUCUCAGCUGUCUAUCCCAAUUGUCAUCUCCUCCUAUCAAUAAUUAAAAAGAGAAAAAUUAAAAAAAAAAAAAGUCACCCUUCUCCUCUAAAUAAUUAAAAGAGAAAAAUAAAAAAAAAAAAUUGUCAUCCCCUCCUCUAAAUAAUUAAAAAGAAAAAAAAAGGAGAUGUAACUCUGGUGUGUGCGGUGUGGUUACUUGUGUCCCCAUGAUCCCACAUAAAGCAUUAAAACAG